UAUUAUAUCCAAUGUCCAUUUUCCCUUUUCAGCCGUCAGGACAGCUUGCAGGCCGCAGCUGAGAAACAGUCCGCUUUGCUCACCAGACUGAAGCAAGAGCAGGCGGAGCUCCGGCACCUGCAGAACAUCUGCCGCUCGGCUCACCGGGAGAGGAAACUCCUCUUGAAGCAGCAAAGGAAGCUCUUGGCCGUGCAGGCGGCAACCCAACAAAUGUGGAAAGAGCUGGAUGAGAGAGUGAGGAAAUCCCUCCAGGAGAUUCAUAGUACCCAGAAACAAGGCGCUCAGGCUCCCCUCGUUGUUUCAAGCUCAAGAAGAGCACAAGAAAGUGUGGAUGCAAACAACCUUUGUGGGAAGACAGGAGAAAGCUUGAUGGAAGAGGCAGGCAAAUUCCCCCAAAAGAAGCAACUAGUUCCAGACGCGGAGAAGACGGGUGUUACUACAGACAAGGACUUGCAUUUCCGCAGAGAAUACCCCAUAAAUUCAACCCUAACGGAUGCAGGACCUAAGGAAACCGAAGGUUAUUUGUUGAAGGAAGAACAAGAUACAGGCUUGAUGAAGAAUUCCAAAGAAGAACGUCUCUGCAGUUCCAUGGACACGGCAUUGCAAUGUUCGCAUCCAGUAACUCCUUCUGACAAAUUAUAUGGUUUCUCUCUCGACUUAGAGAAGCCCCGGUUGGAGUCUGGAUUUCAUACAGCUCGUGCUGUUCUCAUCAAUAUCUCUGGAAGUUCUCCUUCGUCCUUGGAAGAGGAGGAGGAGGACCAAGAUACAGAUAUUAGUCUUCCAGAGGAAUUUAUCAUACAAGAUGAGAUGUUUUGUGGAACCCCAACUGUGCCACGGAUAGGAAUAAAUACAUCACCAUCUUCUGGAGGAAGAAGUCACACUCAAAUAUAUGGUGGUCCUUCAAACCAGGUUGACCUGUCGAGACUGUGCAGCCAGGAAGGUAAGCCAUCCAGUGAAAAAAUCAAUAGAUCUGCUUUUAUUAUAUUAUCGAGUGAUGGAAGCCCAAGAUCCAAUUCAAUUGGGAUGGAAAGAUCCCAUUCUGGUCAAGCUGAUGUUGUUGUUAUUGGAAGGGAUGUCUCCUCUUUGAAAGAUUCAAAACUAGAGAAGAUGGCUUUCCAAGAAGAUGCCAAAUCUGAAGAUGUUUCAUGCAGCGACAACCCUAAAGACCCGAAAAAGCAACAGAUCGGUAGCAUAGUUGAAGGAGAAGAUGACCACGAAAACCCAACUUGUUCCAAACUUGUCGCAUCCAAGGUCUCCUUGAAGGAUGUGAGGCCCAUCGAUGGCGAAAUGCAAGUAUUUUCUUCUGAAUCACAGAAUCCCUCUGACCAGCUGUUAAUUUUGGAUAACAGUAAGGGUCACGCGGAAUAUUCAAUCGGCGAAUCCAAUCUAUAUGAAGACCCAACGAGCAAUGGUUCCUUAUGUCCCCAAAUCAUGGAAGGAACCACAGAAGAAGAUCAAAAUUGCCCCACGGCGAGCAGCCAAAGCUCAAUGAGAUCCAGAGUGGUCAGCUCAUCCAAAGAUGAGGAGCGAAGUGAAGAUGAUAACAUACUCGUCAGUGAGGAACAUCCACCAGGAAUAGAGGAAGAAAUCGUUUCUCCUUUGGAUGAAGUGUUAUCGAGAGCUUCGGUACGCUUCCGAUGA